AUGGCAGGCGAUAAACUCUGGUCUGCACAGCAGAUCUCCUCGCACAAAACCCCGGACGACUGCUGGAUUGUUGUCGACAACCAGGUAUGGGAUGUGACCGACUUCCUGGACGAGCACCCCGGCGGAUCUACGAUCAUCCUCAAGUACGCUGGCAACGACGCCACAAAGGCAUACUCGGAAGUACACGCGCCCAGCGUGCUGAAAACCAACCUCCGCGCGGACCAAUUCAAAGGCAUCCUCGACGAGUCGACUAUCGAUGCAGAGUGGACCAAGCCACCACCCGGCGAGUCGCCCAAGGUGGUAUUGGACCAUGAGAAACCACCCCUGCACACGUUGAUUAACGCGCAUGAUUUCGAAGUCGUGGCGUCCAAAACGGCCAGUAGUAAGACGUGGGCAUUCUAUUCCAGCGCGGCUACGGAUCUGAUCACGCGUGACGCGAACAAGUCCUGUUUCGAUCGGAUAUGGUUCCGGCCGCGCGUGCUAAGAAAUGUUCGUGCCGUGGAUGCGCGGACGAAGAUUCUAGGCGGGGACUUUAAUCUUCCGCUCUUCGUGAGUCCCGCGGCGAUGGCGAAGCUCAUCCAUCCCGAGGGAGAAUGUGCCAUUGCUAGGGCGUGCGAGAAGAAAGGUAUCAUGCAAGGCAUCUCCAACAACUCCUCCUUCACCGUAGAUGAACUCCGAACCGCGGCACCCUCAGCCAGUUUCUUCUUCCAGCUAUACGUCAACCGAGACCGCUCGAAGUCCGCCGCCCUACUGCGCCAAUGCUCCGCAAACCCGAACAUUAAAGCCAUCUUCGUAACCGUCGACGCCGCGUGGCCAGGUAAGCGCGAAGCCGACGAGCGCGUCAAAGCCGACGAGAGCUUAUCCGUGCCAAUGGCGCCAUCCAAAGCCUCCAACGACAAAAAAGGCGGCGGCCUAGGCCGCGUGAUGGCCGGGUUCAUUGACCCUGGUCUUACAUGGGAAGACCUGGUCUGGGUGCGGCAGCACACGCAUCUACCCGUCUGCCUAAAGGGCGUCAUGUCGGCCGACGACGCCAUGCUCGCAAUGAAGGCUGGGCUGGAUGGGAUCCUGUUAAGUAACCACGGUGGCCGGAACUUGGAUACCAGUCCGCCGUCGAUUAUUACUCUCCUGGAGAUCCACCGGCGGUGUCCUGAGGUGUUUGACAAGAUGGAGGUCUACGUGGAUAGCGGGAUCCGGCGCGGUAGCGAUAUUCUGAAGGCUGUUUGUUUGGGUGCGACGGCUGUGGGGAUGGGGAGGAGUAUGCUGUUUGCGACGAACUAUGGGCAGGAAGGGGUGGAGCAGUUGAUUGAUAUUAUGCAAGACGAGCUCGAGACCGCCAUGCGCAAUACUGGGAUCACAACACUGGAGGAGGCAUCACCCGAUCUGGUCCACACGGGGGAUGUGGACCAUCUGGUGCCUGCAUCGCGGGGACAUCCGUAUGCGCAGGCGGUGGCCAAAGGGCGUCGACCGGGAGCGAGGCUUUGA